UUUUAGGUCAGAGUCUCAUAAAUGUUUUCGCUUUUCCCCCUUCCUAUUUAUCAGUUCUUUUAGAAUUUCAUACAAUGUAUUUCAGUCAUAGACCUCUGCCUCCAACUAUUCCCACAUCCAUUGGCCUUCCCUAUGCACUCAACUUUGUAUUUUGCCUUUCAACUCAUCACUUUCUACAUCUAUAAAAUUAACAUCAUCAUAAUGCCAGUUUAAAAGACAUUAUAUAUAGGCCCAGCCUCCUGCAGAGAGGCGGGGAGAAGGGCGGGCCCUGGCCUCGUGCCCGCCAAUCACAGCGGGCAGCUCCGGAAAGAGCGGGCGACCGCGCCAAUCAGCACCCACAGCCGCUGUCUAGCUGAGCAGUUGGCUACAGUUGUUGCAACUUUUUUCGAAAGCUCUGUUUCCCAGGAGAUUCCAGGCGGUGACAGAGCGGGGCCAUGGCUAGAGGAGAACGGGUUUGCUGGGCAGUCAAAUAUCUAUGCCUACAGGAGUCCGAACAAAUGCCCCGGAAUGCGCUCUCCACUGCAGGAAGAGAACUCGGUCGCACAUCAUGAGGUCAAAUGCCCGGGGAAACCAUUGGCCGGAAUCUACAGGAAGGGAGAAGAGAAAAGAAACGCUGGGAAUGUUAUCCGAAGCGCUGUGAAGUCAGAAGAACAGAAGAGCAAAGAUACCAGGAGAGGUCCCCAGGCGCCUUUUCGAAACCAAAAAUCUGAAGCAACAGAACCUCCAAAAACUCCACCCCCGGCAUGUGAUUCUACAAGUGUAGCAGUUGCUAAGCAAGCCCUGAAAAAGCCCCUCAAGGGCAAUCAGGCCCCUCGGAAGAAGUCUCAAGGGAAGACACAGCAGAAUGGAAAACUCACAGAUUUCUACCCCGUGCGAAGGAGCUCCACGAAGAGCAAAGCUGAGCUGCGGUCUGAAGAAAGGAAGAAGAUAGAUGAGCUAAUUGAGAGCGGGAAGGAAGAAGGCAUGAAGAUUGAUCUAAUCCAUGGCAAAGGCAGGGGUGUGAUUGCUACCAAGCGAUUCUCCCGAGGAGACUUUGUGGUAGAAUACCGUGGAGACCUCAUUGAAAUCACCGAUGCCAAGAAGCGGGAGGCUCUGUACGCACAGGACCCCUCCACGGGCUGCUACGUGUACUAUUUUCAAUAUCUGAGCAAAACCUACUGCGUGGAUGCCACUCAAGAAACGAACCGCCUGGGGAGGCUGAUCAAUCACAGUAAGUGUGGGAAUUGCCAGACCAAACUGCAUGACAUCGACGGCGUGCCUCGCCUCAUCCUCAUAGCCUCCCGAGACAUUGCGGCCGGGGAGGAGCUCCUGUACGACUAUGGAGACCGGAGCAAGGCCUCCAUCGAAGCCCACCCUUGGCUGAAGCACUAACCAACCAUGUGGCCUCCCUGCCUCCCUCCCUGCCACCCUGCCUCCUUCAAAGGACAAAGUGCCCUCAAAGGGAAAUGAAUUUUACACACACACACACACACACACACACACACACACACACACACACACAUACACACACACACAUUCACUCUUACUCUUAGCUAAUUACUUCAAAUGUUUUUUAAAAGUAUAUUAAAGAUGCCUUUUCAUGUAGUAUUUAAAUAUCUGUUACAGGUUUCCAAGGUGGACUUGAACAGAUGGCCUUAUAUUACCAAAACUUUUAUAUUCUAGUUGUUUUUCUACCUUUUUGCAUACAAACUGAACGUUUGUGCUUCCCGCGCAGUGUAAGACUCCGCACAGGUUUUAGAGAAUGGAGUUGAACAUGAACUAGGAAGCCAGGCUCUGCCCAAGAUGAAAGCCAGGACUCCCCAGCACCCCACGUCUGAGGACAGGCCAAUGUGAGGGUGCUGCCACCCCCAUGCACAGCCUCGACGGGAUGUCUCCAACCUCUUGUUCUCCUCAGCGUCUUGACAGGUGUACACAUUGACGUGUAUGAAUAUUUUUUAGCAAAAGUUUCACAGUAAGCUAGUCUUCCCCUCUGCUUUCUCCAAAGCUUACUGAGCCCAGGGCUCGGAGGCCCGGCCAGGAACAGACUUCUUCCACAGGCUUGCGGCUUUUCCAGGCACCUUGAAGCAUCAGGGUGGGCAGUCAGACUAGAGGCAGGCCGGGAAAAGCACUGUUCUCCUGCCCAAGAAGGGCAGGUCUCCUGAAACUGCAUUAAUUCUUUAUAGAAAUGUGAACACCGAAUUUAUUUUAAAAAAUAAUAAAAAAACAAAAUAGUAAAAAAAGA